ACAUUACUUUUAAUGACAAUGUUUCUAAUUAUACUUCAUUAUAAUUCCAUGUUAGGUCCUGACCGCUACUCUUGUUCCACACGACACAAGUAUGGUAAUGGCGAAAGUAUCAACUGUUUGUGACUGUUUAAAACAUUUUGCACAAACAACACUUAAGAGUAGAGCCUAUUAGUUAUUGCUUUACGAACUGGGGUAUUUGUAUCGUUGGUAACGUACAACGCACACAAGACACAGUAUUCGAUUUGGAAGGGUACGGAAAGAACCUAGCCGAUUUUGCUCCUAAAAGGCAACAAAAAAGAUCAAGGAAGGGAUGGCGUUAGCUCUUCGGGCACCAGAGCACAGGUCCCCACGCAUGGAGUCCGCCGUGCGCGCGGUCAGGCGGGAGGCUCACCGUCUAACCAGAGACGUCCAGCAAAUGUACAACGAAUACAUUUCCUUUGACUCCAAGAGGGACCAUUUCAUAACAACGCUCAACAACGUGUACGCUCAACUGAGGAAAACUCGCUACCUCGGCAAAGGGUCCGACAUAGUGACCUUGGACGCUGUGCGAAGUUAUGUCUACUUCAAGGGCAAAGUUGCCGUCCUUCGCGACUUCUUCUCACUCUUGGAUAAACUUGCAAACAUUCGUAAGAAAGUGAGGGCAAACAUCAUGCCAAGGUUACGAAAACUUGUAAGUAGUGAGUUGAAGACGGUAGAAGACGCGUUUCGGAGGUGGGGGAGGGUCUUGCAAGGAGACAAUGACUUUCUUCGGUCUGUUACGGACGCGGUCUUAGAACAUUCCCCCGAACUGAGAGUAAAGAAAGAGAAUUUGGGAAUUCUAAAUCUCUUGCCUGAAAUUCUGACAGCAGCUUUCGACUGUCGUAACGCAAUCGCUCGUACUUUUGGAGACAAUGUACCAAUACACGUGCAGCUAGAAAUAGUGACGUCACCGAGAAAGAAAAAGUCGACGAUCCCCACUCUCCCUCGUAUCUCCACACGAGAUUUGGAUCAGCGACGAGAUUUCACACGCACGCGAGAUCUCGGGCGAGAGUUCCCGUCGCGGCGAGAUUUGGGUCCACGACGAGACUUAGCCACAAGACAAGGCUUGAGGAGAGAGGAUCCACCAACCACAACGUCUACAGAAGAGACAGUGACUCCAGAAGAAGCGGAGAGAAUCUUCCAGUCCACCUUGAGACAGAACAAACCGCGGAAGAAAACUUCCAGUACGAAGGGUCAGAAGAGGCGACAGGGCAAAGUCUCAGCCAAGAGCCAGGAAAGCCGACUGGAAGAAGAACUGCGAAUGCAAGCGGCGGUUGACAGAGAAGAAAUGGCGGAACUACGAGAAGACGUGACGGCCAUUAACAACAAACUGGUGCGCCUGUCGCUGGAAGUGGGGAGGGAGUUCAAUAGAAUCAACCGCAGUCUGGAGGAACUGCAUGCUUACGUGGACGAAGGGCUUUCAGGUUUGGUGAACGAUUCGGGCAUCGACACUGACAUCAGUGCGCAUGCUCAACAGAGACAUCCCUUCUUUGUGACGCAACGCUACCGAGAGGUGUCGAAGUCUCGCCAGUCUCGCCUUCCAACCGACGAGAAUUGACGAGAUUUCACGUUUCCUUUGCGAUUUCGAACACUUGUCAAAAAUACAUGUUGUAAAUACAACUCAUUAGAUAAGAAAAAACAGUAUCUAUGUGUUUUCAAAUCGAUCGAAGUGUGGUGAUUUUAUGUAAAAUAUGGCAAAUCAUUUGACGAACUCGUAAAAAAAAAUUUAGUGAAGGCAACGGGUAUAACGUUUUUACAAACCGCUGUAUAUGAGUAGCUUUAAUACAGCAAAAUGUAAAUUCCAAUAUUUACAGACGUACAUGUAGGAACAAUCUAUACGUUUACACAGAAGACUUUUAAAAGAAUAACUUUUACUACAUAGCUAUACUAUAUUAAUACACAAUGAAUGAAUACAAAUAUGAAGAACAAUUUUCUCUAAUAUGAAACAGGAACAUGUAAAACGAAGCAUAAACAUAAAAAGUAUCUAAAACCUAGGUCUUACGUUCUUUCUGGAUGAGUUUGUAGAAUUUGAACAUGAAGAAAAAUCUGACGAAAUGUUUUAAAAUCGUGCUACAUAUACAUGAGAAUGGUCUACCCUGUAUACAUAGCUGAUAUGUAACGACAAAGAUACAAAACAACAUGUUUUUUUGUGUCAGAUGCAACAUAAAGAGUGAGAAGUAUA